AUGGAGUUCCUCCAAUUGCCCCAUCUUUUUCAUCUACGUCUGGCGCACUUCAUGGCCGGGGCGGAUCCGCUUACCCGUCAGGGCUACUCGAUGACUUGUCGUUACUUAUGGAAUCUCGUGGAGAGCGGAGGCGAUUAUGACGCGUACUUUGCAUCCGGAGACAAAACGUGUCAUUCGCUAAUUAUCCAAGGACGUGGCGCGGACUGCUUUACAUUCCAGAAAUACAAAUUCCCCGAAGCCAAGCCAAACUCCACAGCGGAUGGCAAGUACACGCACAUAUUACUGCGCGUCCGGACGCUGACGCCCAGGUUGCUGCGGUUCAUCAACACUCAUGUCCACAAGCUCAGCACCGGCGACGUCACCGGGGUGACCGGGCUCUACUGCCCGGUCUUCUACAUUACGGCAUUAGGUCGUCGAAGGGAACAUAUAGUUUGGUCGAUGAUCGCCGACUGGCAGGCUGGAAAACGACGAAUCAUCAAGGGCGUCAUCCGCAGCCCGAAGAUGGACACGGACCCGGAAUUUCGGGGAAAGCUGCAGGGAGACCAUGUGUAUAUGAACGGCGAGAGGACUCUCCGAGUUCGUGUCAAUCACCAUGGAAAUUACCUUUUGGAGGAGACAACGCAUCUCGGAACUUCUCAAAGAUUU